UACACGCCGUCAACGUCACUGCCCUUCACCUCUGCACCAUGGCUUUCGUGACCAGGCAGUUUGUGCGCUCCGUGUCCUCUUCGUCCACGGCCUCAGCCUCGGCAAAGAAAAUCAUCGUCAAGCACGUGGCGGUCAUCGGCGGCGGGCUGAUGGGCGCCGGUAUUGCCCAGGUUGCUGCCGCAACUGGCCACACAGUAGUGUUGGUGGACCAAGCAGAGGACAUCCUGGCAAAAUCCAAAAAGGGAAUUGAGGAAAGCCUUAAGAAAAUCGCCAAGAAGAAGUUUGCAGAAAACCCCACGGCAGGUGGUGAAUUUGUGGAGAAGACCAUGAGCAGCAUAUCGACCAGCACGGACGCAGCAUCCAUAGUCCACAGCACGGACCUGGUGGUGGAGGCCAUUGUGGAGAACCUGAAGGUGAAGAACGAGCUCUUCCAGAGGCUGGAUAAGUUUGCCCCAGAACACACAAUCUUUGCCAGCAACACUUCGUCUUUGCAGAUCACGAACAUAGCCAAUGCCACCACCAGACAGGACCGCUUCGCCGGGCUCCACUUCUUCAAUCCAGUGCCCAUGAUGAAGCUCGUGGAGGUUAUUAAAACACCAAUGACCAGCCAGAAGACAUUUGAAUCUCUGAUAGACUUCAGCAAAAGCCUGGGAAAGCAUCCUGUUACUUGCAAGGACACACCUGGGUUUAUUGUGAACCGUCUGCUUGUGCCAUACCUCAUGGAAGCAAUCCGGCUGUACGAACGAGGUGACGCUUCCAAGGAAGACAUCGACGUUGCAAUGAAGCUGGGAGCUGGGUACCCCAUGGGCCCAUUUGAGCUUCUCGAUUACGUGGGUCUGGAUACUGUAAAGUUCAUCAUGGACGGGUGGCAUGCGAUGGAUUCACAGAACCCCCUGUUUCAGUUGAGCCCAUCCUUGGACAAGAUGGUUGCAGAGAAGAAGUUUGGCAGGAAGACUGGAGAAGGGUACUACAAGUACAAGUGACGCGGGCCCUGCGGCCCCGGGAAGGCCCUGCCAGCCCGCACCGCAGCUGCCCGCGGGCCGAAGGAACGCUCUGGCCCGCCGCACUCCCACGCAGCCGCAGCGGAGUGCUCGAUUGGGAAUGAAUUCCUUUUUUAGUCUGUUCCUUUCUGUGUAUUUUCUAAAAAGCUUUACACCCUCGGUGCCUUGGAGCAAACAUUUCUUUGGAACCUCGUCACUUUCGUAAAGCAUUGCCAAACCGAUUCACUCGUGGAGGGGAAGCACUUCCUCCGAGCGGGCUGGGCCGGGGCCCACGGAGGGCCCAGGCCGUCCCUGUCGUCGGGAGGUGCGUGCGGAGGUGCUGUGCGCAGCACGGCCUCUCCCCGCGGGAGACCCUCCCCGGCCUGCGGAGCGCAGGGCAGGGCACGUGUCUGCCGCCUCAGUAUCAGCAUCGCAUCGAGACGCAGCUGCUGACCUGCGGGACCGUCUCCAAGGGCCCGGCCUGCAGGGCGAGGUUCCCUUCGCACCCGAAACCUGAAUGAGUAGGAAUGAUGAGUAUGAUCUCAUGAUUUUUCAUAAGAAAUCAUCACUGCGGACUGUCUCUCCAUCAGCUCUAAUAAACAAUCUUUUAAUCUGUGAAAAUUUGAAUUGAAAUAAA